CCAGGCAGCUGAAAUGUGAGGGGUCACAAUAGGGGGAUAAAUACAAGGGCCAGCACGGUGGUGCGGUGUCUCAGACGAAGGCCGGAUCUUCUGCCUACCUCUCUUCUCCCAGCUCUCCUCCCAAACUCAAAGAGUCAAGAUGCCUCACGCAUACCCUUUCCUCACUCCUGAGCAGAAGAAGGAACUCAGUGACAUUGCUCAGAAGAUUGUUGCUACAGGCAAGGGAAUCCUUGCCGCAGAUGAGUCCACAGGGAGUGUGGCCAAGCGCUUCCAGAGCAUCAAUGCUGAGAACACCGAGGAGAACCGGAGGCUGUACCGCCAGCUUCUCUUCACUGCUGACGACCGCAUCGUCCCUUGUAUUGGUGGCGUCAUCCUCUUCCACGAGACCAUGUACCAGAAGACCGACGAUGGAAAGACCUUCCCACAGUACCUGAAGGAAAGAGGCAUGGUGGUCGGCAUCAAGGUAGACAAGGGUGUUGUCCCUCUGGCCGGAACAAACGGCGAGACAACCACCCAGGGUCUUGAUGGACUGUAUGAACGCUGUGCACAGUACAAGAAGGAUGGUGCUGACUUCGCCAAGUGGCGCUGUGUACUGAAGAUCACUCCCACCACCCCCUCAAAGCUGGCUAUCAUGGAGAAUGCUAACGUCCUGGCUCGCUAUGCCAGCAUCUGCCAGAUGCAUGGCAUUGUCCCAAUUGUUGAGCCUGAGAUCCUCCCGGAUGGUGACCACGACCUGAAGCGCUGCCAGUACAUCACAGAGAAGGUCCUGGCUGCCGUCUACAAAGCCCUCUCUGACCAUCAUGUCUACCUGGAGGGCACCCUGCUCAAACCCAACAUGGUAACACCUGGACACUCUUGCUCACACAAGUACAGCAACCAGGAGAUCGCCAUGGCAACUGUUACCGCCUUGCGCCGCACUGUGCCCCCUGCAGUCCCUGGAAUCACCUUCCUGUCUGGUGGCCAGAGUGAGGAGGAGGCUUCCGUUAACUUGAAUGCCAUGAACCAGUGCCCUCUGCACAGGCCUUGGGCUCUGACCUUCUCAUAUGGUCGUGCCCUGCAGGCCUCUGCCCUGAAAGCCUGGGGGGGCAAGAAGGAGAACGGAAAGGCAUGCCAAGAAGAGUUCGUCAAGAGAGCUCUGGCCAACAACCUGGCCUGCCAGGGCAAAUAUGUUUCUUCUGGAAGCAGUGCUGCUGGUGGAGAUUCACUGUUUGUGGCUAAUCAUGCUUAUUAAGCAUCAACACCCAUCCCGACUUCUUCUCACCAUUAUUGCAUUACCAUAUAUAAAAAGGGCAUGCCCUCUAUAAAGGAGUGCCUUUAAAAGUUUUUGUUCACCAAUAAGAGCAACACUAACACCUGUUGCAACACAUUGGCCGAAAGAAAAAGAAGGGAGGGAAAAGUUUGCAUUUAGUGGUUGAUGGAAAGUGUUUGUCUCCAUUCCCUUACCUUUUAUGUCUAAACACCUUUUUGUACAGGUGAAGAUUCCCAUUUUGUUUUUACACAUUUUGUUUCUUGAUCUGCUUCAGACAAGUACAGUGUAUAACAUAUAUAGAUACCACGAAAUAAAGUUUGUAUCCAAACA